AUGCCAGGGAGCAAAGCACAGGAGCGAUAUCUAUCUGCGCUGCAGCGAUGGCAAUGGCAACAAGGAGGUCUGAGAGGCGUUGUCUGGACUGACUGCAUGCAGGCCCUCGUUACAAUAUUUGUACCAACCACACUCGUCAUCAAAACAAUGUACGACUCCCAGAGUGAGGAUUUCAAACCUCGUCCUCUGAGCGACAUUGACUUUGGUAACUACGCCCUGGACACUACUUUGGACUUCACAAAAGACGAGAAUAUCUGGUCCUGCCUAAUUGGAGCGCUCUCGCUUCAUGUGUACCGAUCUGGUAUCGAUCAGAUGGUCGUUCAAAGGUACCUGGCAUCGAGGACCCUAGAAGACGCCAAAUGGACUGCAAGGGUUGGAAUGACACUCUUUUCAUUAUUCCAUCUGAGCCUAACAGGCAUGGGAAUGUUGCUCAUCUACUGGUUCAGGGACUGCGACCCUAUGUUAUCCGGUUCCAUCAAGAAACUUGAGCAGAUACUGCCUUUCUAUGUAAAGGAGCAUUUCGCUGAUUUCCCGGGAUUUUCCGGGCUCUUUCUCGCUGGAGUUGUCUCUGCGGCCACCAGCACAAUAUCGUCCAUCAUUAAUUCACAAGCCGCUGUACUCUAUACUUACGUUGUGUCGCAGUAUUUUACGCUGACCGAACUUCAAGCCACGAGGGUGACGAGAUGCCUCGCGCUUGCAACCGGCACCGUCAUGACGUUUUACAGCGCUGCUAUACCUUAUAUGGGCCCUGCAAGCAGGAUAUUCAUGAUGGUGUACAACGCCGUUACUGGACCUUUCGUCGGUCUCUUUCUGAUGGCGCUCAUUUUUCCAUGCGUCAAUAGUAAGGGUGCCGGAACAGCAACAGUGCUGGCGAUCGCCUUCGAAUCCUGGCUCAUGUACAAUAAGUUUCUCAUGGAUGUUCGGCCUCAACGGAUUCCGGUUACACUUGACAACUGCCCAGGAAACCACACUACAUCCCUAACAGGAACAAGCAACGAAACUUUCGUUUCAACGCCAAAUGUUCCGCAGGAUAUCUUCAUCAUUUUGAAGUUGUCAUCCUACUGGAGUAACUCAAUCAGCACGAUUCUCACCAUUUUACUGGGACUGGCAAUCAGUGCCUUAACAGGUGGUCUAAAAAAUUCCUCAAAGAUGGAGCACUUGACUAGUGAUGUUUUCCUACGCCUCUGGAGAUGGAUGAAAUUAAUCUCUCCGGCAGAUGUCGCAGUGAAAAUUUCAUCAGAUCGUCACCUGCGCGAGGAGGCGUCGACGGACUUCAGCCCUGAAGAAACGUGGGAGCUGACAAGAGAAACAAAAGUUUAA